UGGAGUGUUUUGUACACACUUCUUUCAUACCUAGAGCUUUCUCAAAAAGUUUGACAGGAUAACUGAACUCUUUACUUUUAUCAUUUACUAAAGAAAAAAUGUUAAAAUCACUUAUGCACGUAUUGUUUUUAAAUGACUCAUACAAAUAUAAAGUGGACAAAUUUAAAAUUUUUUUCUUAACUCAUUAAUUUAAGAGCAAGCCAAGCUGAAGACAGAAGCCAAUUAAAGGAGAAUUGGAAGAGAGUAUGCAUUUAUAGGCAUGCAAAAUGUUGAAAUUAAUUUACUUAUAGAGGCAAAAUUGGUCAGUUUACUCAAGUCAGUGGAACAUGAUUUUUUAAUCCUCUCUUUUAGCAAGUUGAAAUCAGUAGCAAAACAAAAUUUGUAUCUACUUGGAGACCAUUCGUCUGCUUUACUAACAAUUAUGGGCAACUUACAAAGUUGAAAGAUAACCCAAUCACUGUCACUGGAAGGCACAAGUCCCUACAGAAUCAGAUAAUUCCAAAGCAUCUGUUAGACAAUGCUCAGCACUCUAUUGAGAAAAUACCAAAAUUCAUCAAAAAUUUUCACCCCAUUUUCUGACACCUGCCUUCCUUUCUAAUUCCAAUGCCAUCGUCCCUUUGUUUUCUCCCUGUUUGCUAUAGUUUCUCCCCUCAGUGCUUCUCUCUCUGGGGAAAUAAUUCAAAGCUCCAAGGAUUUAAAGAAUGCAAUUUACAGCCCAAGUUUUGCCUGGGGCUUCCUAAUAUUAGGCUAUCUAGAAAGGUAGAGAUCUGGAAAGAGGUGAGGUAUAAAUGUCUAAAAGCCUGAUUCAGGUGGAAAAUUACCAGAAGUAUAACCACUUGAACAAAUUAGAUAGGGUCCAGUUUAUUAUGCUAAAAUACCACAUUGUCUCAUUUUCAUAAUAUUGCCCUAUCAUAUUAUAACAUAGUGUUAUUUAGGGAAUAUUUGCCUAUAUAUUUUUUCCUUUGAUGCUCACCACAGUGUUAUGAAGUGAUCCACACUGAAGUCGUCUCAUGUUUUGAUCCACUUACAUAUACAGGAAACAAAGCAUAGGGAAGUUAGUUGCUUAAGAUUGAGUACUAAAAAGUAUUCACUUUUUUUCUUUUACUGUUUUCCAGGUCAUGUUCACUGUACACCAUUGCAUUAAAUUAUUCAAUUCAGUGCAUGUUUAUUUAAUAAUAAUUAUUUCUUAGGUUAAUAACAUCCUAUGCCCCUUAUUUUUUAUUACAGUUUAUAUAUAGGGAAGAAAUACUAAGAAUGAACUAUUGUCAAAGUUUAUAUUUUUUUAUACUUGUUUAGUGCUUUGAUUUUUGAAGGAUAAGUCAACUAACUACUGAAGUAAAAGAGUUGAUAAAUGACCAAAGAAUACAGAAGAUAACUGCAGUUCCUUCACAGUGCCAUCUGUUUUAGUUGAAUAAUGAGUGUUUGUGUCCAUGGAUAGUAUGAAUUCUUAGGCACACAUAAUACGGAAAUCAUAUAUGGGUUGGUUCCUGAGCCUGCUGACAACCAUGACCAUUGUCAACCCUUUUCUUCAGGGUCCUCUCAAGAGCACUGUAAGUGCUUCCACAAUGUGCCUUACCAGCUGGACGUUCUUGCGCAAUUGUAAAGAAAUCAUGAGUUGGCAAUAUGUAUCUAUUUUGGUGUUAUAAGCCCUGAGCUUUGAAUGGCAGUGGCCAACAGCCAUUAAUUAGUAUUAUUAGUGCUCCUCCUUUGAUGCUCGGAGCAGAUAGUGACUGGCAGGCCUUGGAACUCUUUCAGCUGCCAAGAGCCACUCUUUGUGGCUCCUAACAAUUCUCCAUUGCUCUUCACCAUACUUUGUUAGUAGCAGUUGUCAGUGUUAUCCUCCCUAACCGCUGAUGGCUUUCAUGCCGGCAAAUUAUUAUCAGCUCUGGCUGUUGAUUGUUUUCAAAGCCAGCAGCCUUUGGUGUUAUCAGCUCUUACUAUACCAGCUCACUACACUGUACUCAAUAUAGAAACAUGAAUAGGCAAGAAUAUACCAUCUGGAAAGGCUUUAUUAAGACUUGUUGCUAUAGCAUAAAUAGGAAUAGUGCACAGGCUGGACCCUCAAAGGGUAUGGAGAGGUUGCUUUUAAAGGAAAAAAAGAGGGUUGUGAAUCAUCAGAAUCAUCCAGAGAGGCUACAGAGUGGAAUCAUCUAGGAUAUGGUCCGAAGCCUGCUGCUGUCAAUGCCAGUGUCUACAAGGGCCCAGAACAGCCCCAGAAUAAAAGUACCUUUGGGAGAGUGUUGGGUCUUUCUCUUUUGUCUCAUUUAAUCUACUCACUCUUGUACAAAGCAGCUACUCAUACUUUAUGCUAUUGCAAAGAGUUGAUGGAACAUACCCUAGUUGUUAGCAGUAUCUGCUUUUAGUUUCAGUGUAUUUCUUGGCUUUUUCAAUGGUUUAUUGUUACUUGGAGGAAGGGAUUCCUGUAAUAUGCAUCUGGAAAUGGUUCUGUAGCUUCAAGGAAGUGUGGGGUAAGAUGAUAUCAUUUAAUUGUAUAUGAUCCUUUGUAAGAGUUGCAUACAAUAUGUCUACUGCUGUCUAUAUUUAGCUGUGGAAAAUUAGCCACAGAGAAUGUAUUUUUCUCAUUUGUAUUCUAAGACCUUUCAGGAGAGUGGAAAGAUAUGAUUUGAUUCAAUCUCACUUAGUUUGUAUAUUAAAAUAUAGUAGAACUGGCCACUUCUUAUUUUUUUGCCACUUCUUUGGAAAUGCAAUAUAAAGGUAAAAAUAAAUUUCAUAUGAGUUUAGCAAGUUCUGUUUAGAAGUAUACAGAAACUGAGACUGAAUAUUAGUUUUGAUUUUCUGUUCAAAAUUUUCCUUUGGUAAGACAUAGUUAUUUUCUCAUUGUUGGGACAAAAUACCCAACACCCAUAAAUUAAAGAAAGAAGUAUUUAUUUUGGCUCAGUUUAUAGAGGAAGUCAGUCCAUGAUUGGCUGGCUCCAAGGUGGUGUGGCAAAGGAGACCAGUUUAUGGGGGCAGGCAGGAAGCAGGAGGCAUUAAGAGAGGAUAAGAGAUACAUACCCUCCAGGCCACCCCACAGUCUUCCCACCAGCAUCACAUCUAGCUGUCAGCCUAUCAGUGGAUUAAUCCAGUAUCACACACCCAUGAUCCAGUCACCUCUCCCAAGCCCCACCUAUGAGGGCAUGAGGCUUUGGGGGACAUCUAGAUAUAAACUAUAACAAAAUACACCAGUAGGAAGAAAUGAUUACUUCAUAAUUUUUAAAGCUAGAUACGAUAUACACAUGUUCCAGUACAACUGCUGAAUUCAUUCCCAACAUGCAUGGUAAUGUAUUCUUUUAUUGCUGCAAAUGAAUAAAAAGGUCCUAUUGUCUAUCAGAUGUGUAAGUUAAUAUUUAAAAACUCAAUUUUAUUUUUCACCUUCUAGUGUUGCUCGUUGCUUUACUGUUUAUAAGUAAAUAAUUGAACUAUUUCUCUUCUUUUGUUUUUGGAGAAAGGGCUCCUGUGUAUCCUAGGUUGGCCUUGAGCUCAUGGUGAACCGCCUGCCUCAGCUUCCUGAGUGUUGGGAUUGCAGGAGUUUGCCAACACAUUAGGCCUUGAAUCAUUGCUCUUCAAUAAACUAUUUUUCUUUUUCUUUUCCAGGUUCAGCUCAGCUACUAUUCAAAAACAUCAAAUCUGUAAAUUACAGCAAUUGCAAUGCAACUGUCACCAUCCCAUGCUACGUUGAUAACACAGUCAGAUGACACUAGGGAGUUUUUUGUAAAAUGGAAAUUUAAUGAAAACGUUAUUUUCAACUUUGAUGGACCUAGAAACAAAUCCACUCUAGGCAGUGGUUUUUCAAGUGCAAAAAUCAAUAUCCCGGAAUUACUAAAAGGAAGUGGCUCUUUGCACAUGGAUAAGGAUGAUGCUAAAUUAGGAAACUACACAUGUGAAGUAACAGAAUUAAGUAGAGAAGGAGAAACAGUGGUAGAACUAAAAUACCAUUCUGUUUCAUGGUUUUCUUCAAAUGAAUGUACUCUCAUUGUUACUUUCCCAAUUGUGACUGUAUUUCUGUUCUGGGGACAGCUUUGUUUUAUAAUGUUUAAAUAUAGAUCCAAUCUUAUGGGUAAGAAAAUUAUUAUUUUAUCAGUUGAAGGACUAGUGCUCAUCAUAACUGUCAUCUUUGGAGUCCUUUUUUUCACCCCAGGUAAAUAUUCAAAAAGGAGAGUUUGUGGACUUCAUUUCCUUGUAAGCCCUUCAGUGAUUUUAGUACUGCUUCAAUUCUAUAGGUUUACUCCAGGUAUUGGGAUCACUACAUAUGUCAUUGGCAUAUUAUCAAGCAUUCAGUUGGUGGGCUAUAUAAUCGCUAUAAUUGGACUGUAUCUUUGUAUCUCUGUGUGUAUAGCAGUGCAUGGCUAUCUUUUAAUUUCAGGUUUGAUUAUCAUUGCUCUAGUAGAAUUACUUGGACUAGUUUACAUGAUAUUUAUGGUUACACAAAUACAGCCUCCAUAAGACCUGAAGGCACAAGCAGUGCUGUCUUUCUUCCUCAUUUCCACUGUCUCUCAGUGGAUUGUAAGGUGACAUCUUUUACAAUACAAAUUUCAGCUAUUUGUAUCAUUAGAUAAGAACAUGAGCACAAAAGUAGAUACAGAUUGUGCAUCCCUAAUCCAAAAUCCAAAACAUUUUGAGCCCUGACAUGAAGCUACAAUUAGAAAAUUCCACACCGGAACUCAUGUGACAAGUUGCAGUCAUUACACAGGUACAGUAAAAUGCUAUAAAAAUUACUUCAGACUAUGUCUAUAAGAUGUUUCUGAAACACAAAUGAAUUUCAUGUUUAGACUUCAACUCCAUCCCCAAGUUAUCUCAUUAUCAUAUACAAAUACUCAACUCUUCAGCUCAGAUAAGGAAUACUCAAUCUGUAUUUCUCCAUAGUUACAGCACUGUGAACUUUCCUAAAUGAUCAGGAAACAGGCUGGAAUUCUGCAUGAUGAUUAAAAAUCAUACUUUUUUCCCCAUUCUUAGUAAGGCUCUUUCUAAUCUGUUAUCUGCAGCCAGAAACAAAAUCACUAGAAAGGGAAGCUCGAUGUUUUAAAGGGUCAAGUGUGUGGUUAACAAGGGACAGAAGGCAUUAUCAGCAUUUUAAGUCCUAUGACAUACUUAAUUAUCCAAUGGUAACUGGACGAAUUACAGAAAUUGACAGAUCACUUUUUCACACCUUUUAAUGUCUUUCAGUAUAAUACAGUGUCUCUCUAUCUCUCUGAGGGAGAGAGGUGGAACAAGGCAAAAUGGAAAGAGCCCCCCGGGGAGUGGGGAAUACAAUAGUCACACCAUUUCCUACUGUCACAGGCUAGAAUGGAAGAGACACAAGACUAUUGAUCAACUGGGCAGUAAACCAAUAUUUCUUUGCUUUGAACUGUUGCCAGUUUUCAAGGUUGAAAAAUAAAUAAAUAUUCCAUCAAAAUGGAAGAAAGUCCAACAGAGCUUCAUGACUUUUUCUACCAAUAGUCCUUGAUGAUAUAUUGUUAAUGAUCAGGCUGCUGAGCUAGAAAGUUUCUCAGACACAUUCAGGAGCAUGCUUUACUAAUCUACUCAGCAUUUCUUAUUCCAAUGAUAUAUUAAGACUAAUGGUCACUUUCAGUACCCAGUAUUAUUAUUAAAAUUCUCUGCCAAUAUGAUGAAUUAAAAAUAUUGAAUUAUUUAUUUAAAUUGAAUUUUUCUGUGGUAAAAUAAGAUUAUUUGCUUUCCCCUUCUCUGUAUUAACUGUAUAAUAUAUAAUUUGAUAUAUAAUACUCCAUGUCUAUAUAACUAUGUAGUCAUAUCUAUAUUUAUAACUACAGUGGUACCUUGGUUCACAAACUCAGUUUUCUCCAUGAUUCUGGUCAGAAACAAAACUGGAUGAGAACCGAAUCAAAUUUCCCCAUAAGGUCAACAUUGAACUUAACUGUUGAAUUUGAUCCAGUUCUCGUCCAACUCAAUUUGCAACCAAGAAAGAAUCAAGUUCGUGAACUGAGGUACCACUGUAUAAAUAUAUAUAGUUAAUAGAUCAACUGUUUUAAUAUAUUAACCAUUGCCAGUUCUCAGAAUUAUAAUAAAUCAAAUAGGUAUUCAAUUCAAAUUGAAGAAUCUCAAACACAGGGCUUCAUGGCUUAUUUCUGAUAAUCAGACUACCAAGAGUUCUUGAUGAGGUGGUUUGUUGACAUUAGGCUGCAGAUCAGUAACACAGUAUAUCGUAUGUUACACAAAUAUAUGAUAGAGUUAAUAUGUAGUAUAAUACAUAUAAACACACACAUUGGUAUUUCUGUGUACUUUCACGAAACACUUGUUCUUUCACUCUCUGCCUUAUGUAUCUGCUUUAUACCAUGUGUUAGUUACUUUUCUCUUGUUGCUGAGAUAAAAUACCACAGUUGAAGGGGAAAGGGUUUAUUUGGCUAACAGUUCAUAGAGGUUUCAACCCAUAAUGGGCUGACUCCAAGGCUGGGUGGCUUGGCAGAGGAGAAACAGUUUAUGGUGGCUAGAAGUAGCAAAGCAACAAGGGACCUUAUCAGCAUUUCUGCCCCUUUUAUCUUAUUCAGAUUACUUAGGGCCGGUAGCACUCACACCCUUAAUCCUAGUGCCCUCAGGCCUACCCCCACCAUGAAUCAAUCACACAUUCUAGAUUCAAUCACCUCUGAAAACUCAUGAGGCUUUGGGGGACAUCUAAACACAAGCUAUAACACACCAUGACUCAGAAAUCUAAGAAUUAUUUGUAACCCAAGAGUCAAACUUGCUAACUCUGUAUCUAAGAAGUUGAGUACUAAAUUAGCUCUAGUUUUUAGACUUUUUACCAUUUUUCUUGUUCAGUGAGGCCAUUACAUUUGUCUGCUAAAUUUCUAGAGAAUAGAGAUUGCAUUUGCUGUAUACUCGUGUUGCUCUUUUUUAUUAUUUUUGUAUAAUGACACUGUAUCUUGAGGUUCUAUGGAGUUUUUGCUCUAGUUUUCCUUUCACUAGCUGCUGAGUUUUAUGAGCUUUUCAGCUCAUAAAUACUAAGAAGUAUUCUGCCCAGAUGGCCUAGAAGGAGAUAAUGGUGACAGAUGUCCCUGUGCCCUUCUUUCUUUCUCUGCAAAGCCUACCUUAAUCCUGUGAUGAAGUACAAGAAGCAAAACACAAACAGUUUCCUGGUAUGCAGUCUGCUAAGUUUUUAUCCUUGUCCACAUGUCACCUGGAAAAUGGACACUGUAUCUGAGUCUCCACAGGAGGACACUGAGUUGACUGUGACUCAGAGAUUGGGAAACAGAGGCAGAGACAGAAGUGGCAAACACUAGGGUUGGUGAGAGAUGGUCAAAAAGAUCUUGGCUUGGUCUCCCCUCCCAAACCCUCCCCCAGGACCAAGCACAGCAGCAACUGCAAGCUUGAGAGAAAUGCAGAGAAUGAAGGCAACUGGAGUAGGGAAAAGUUGCCAUAUCAGUGCAGGGAUGUCCCAUUCAUGACCCUUGGAUCUCUUGCAGGGCAGAGGGAGCUUGAGGAAAUUGCUUCGGAACCAGCAGAACUCCAACAUAGCUGGGAACCAAAUGUACCAGUGACUUGAAAGAAGGAAUCGGUGGAGCCUGUCACAGAGACUGUGGCAGGUGCACAGACUGAGGCCCUGGACAGAGACCAGCCAGAGUUCAGAGUCUGCUGUAGCAGCUGUAGUAGGACAUGGACUGGGACCAUGAGGCUGUAACACUAAAGAGAGUGGCUCCAAACCCACUCCAUGGUCCCCAAGAACACAAGAGGCCCCUGCGUAUGGGGAUCUAAAGACAGCAGCCUUGAUGGUUGGCUGAGGGGGAUUCAUUAUAACCAACAACAGGAAAAGCUUCCUUUUUAAUUCUUUUAAAAAUAGAUGAUAGAUUAGAUUCUCUCAUUUUUUCCUUGUUCUGUUUGUCCAUUAUUAUUUUGUUGACUAUAAUUAGAUGUGGUCUUUUAUAUAUGCAUACCAAUAUAUAGCAAUUUGUAUUAGUUUUCUGAUUUAAUAACGUAGCACACUUGAGUUUUUCAGUCAUAGAUUCCCAUACAAAAGGAUGCUUUUAAGGAUAUUUAACUUUUUGAACAGUCUUCUCAACAAUUUCACACAAUGCUUUUCUUUUUCUCACUGCCUGGCUACACUCCCUUCCUUCCCCUCCUUUCUCUACAUCUCCUCACAUACCUUCUUUUUUCUUUCUACCACCCCCUCCCUUUUUAUUUUUUAUUUCUCUAUUUCUUUUUCAUUCUAUAUCUUCUUUGCUCCUCUCAAUAUAAACUAUUAGUAUUAAUCUGAAUAUCAUUAAUGUUUAAUUUUCUCUAACCUACUUUUAAAAAAAAAUUCUUUUAUUGGUACAUUGUAGGUAUACAACACAAUUACAUUUCUCAUUGGGAACUUGUACCUUUACAUGAUGC